UUUUAGUCGAUUUUCAAACAUUUUUCACUAUUUUCUUCUUUUCUUAAUCUUUUUCCUAGAUGAGAUCUGCACUGAACUGUUUCCACCCAAUUAGUUUUAGCCGGCCUUUGGGCUUUCAAUUAACGGCCUUUCCUCCGCCGACACCCCUCUGAUUCCGACGACUGAUUAACCGUACUCAUCAAGAUCCCAAUUCAAACUUGAAAAUUGUCCGCAUUUAUCGUACACUAAAACACCCCCAAAUCAUUCUCCCAUUCUAAUUACAAAAUGGGUGGCUUUUCGUUGUCGAAAUCAGCCUUUGAUUUGAAGUCAGGCCAAACCAUAUUCUUGGUUCUUCUAGUCAUGAUUGCUUCAUUCUACACCGGAUCCUUUUUUGGCCGAAACUCAUCACUUUAUGUAUACCAGUCUGCCAUCAAUUCUUCAUCAGCAAAUUCACCAGAUAGUUCUGCAUUUAGUAAUAGAGUUGCGCUUACUUAUCGACAAUCGGGGAUCAAGAUUCCCGAAACUGGGAUGAACAUAUGCCCUAUAGAGUUCAAUGAGCAUAUACCUUGUCAUGAUCAUUCUUAUAUCAAUGAAUUGCUCCCAAGUUUGGAUCUUUCGAAGAGAGAAGAUUUGGAAAGGCAUUGCCCGCCGUUGGAACGACGGUUGUUUUGCUUGAUACCGCCGCCGAAUGAUUAUAAACUACCGGUGAGGUGGCCGACUAGUCGAGACUAUGUGUGGAGGAGUAAUGUGAAUCAUACACGUCUUUCGGAAGUUAAAGGGGGGCAGAAUUGGGUGCAUGAGAAAGGUCAGCUGUGGUGGUUUCCGGGGGGUGGUACGCAUUUUAAACAUGGAGCUACUGAAUAUAUUGAGAGAUUAGGGAACAUGACUACCAACGAGACAGGUGAUCUCCGUUCAUCCGGGAUCUAUCAAGUUCUUGAUGUCGGUUGUGGGGUCGCCAGUUUCUCCGCUUAUCUUCUCCCAUUAAACAUACAAACCAUGUCAUUUGCUCCAAAAGAUGGUCACGAAAAUCAAAUUCAGUUUGCUUUAGAGCGCGGAAUCGGUUCUAUGAUAUCCGCUUUAGCUACAAAACAGCUACCAUACCCAAGUAACUCAUUCGAAAUGGUUCACUGUUCAAGAUGCCGUGUUGAUUGGCACGAAAAUGAUGGGAUUCUUCUAAAAGAAAUAAACCGACUUCUUCGACCAAAUGGUCAUUUUAUAUAUUCAGCUCCUCCAGCUUAUCGAAAGGACAAAGAUUUUCCGUUGAUUUGGGAGAAACUGAUGAAUAUAACUUCCGGAAUGUGCUGGAAGCUUAUUGCUAGGAAGGUUCAAACAGCAAUAUGGAUAAAAGACGCGAGUCAAUCUUGUCUUGAAGACAAUGCAAAGAAAAUGCUUGUGAAUAUUUGUGAUUCUGCGGAUGAUAAUACACCCUCAUGGAAAACACCGUUGAGGAACUGUGUUACGCCUAUUACCACAAGUUCUGAGUCUCAGAAACUACCGCCUAUACCACAACGUCAUUCGGUUUACCUAGAACGUCUCAGUAAUAUAGGUGUUACUCAAGAUAUGUUUCUUAGGGAUACACUCUAUUGGCAAGAUCAAGUUCGUCACUAUUGGAGGUUAAUGAAUGCUGACGAGGCGUCAAUUCGAAAUGUUAUGGACAUGAAUGCCCUUUACGGUGGAUUUGCAGUUGCCUUUUAUACUUGGCCUGUUUGGGUGAUGAAUGUAGUCCCUGCUACGACGAACGAUACUCUAUCUGCUAUUUAUUCUCGAGGUCUAGUUGGCGCUUUUCAUGACUGGUGCGAACCGUUUUCAUCAUAUCCACGCACCUACGAUUUGUUGCACGCGAAUUAUCUCUUCACUAAUUAUAAGAACCAAGAGGAUGCUUGCUCGUUGGAAGAUAUCAUGCUAGAGAUGGACCGUCUUAUACGACCUCAGGGUUAUGUCAUCAUUAGAGACGAUGAAUCCAUUCUUUCAAGAAUAAGGGAUCUUGGACCGAAGUUUCUUUGGGAGGUAACUUCACACGCUCUGGAAAAUCAACAAGGGGUUUCAGAACCGGUUUUAAUCGGUCAAAAGAAGUUCUGGGCAAUCGUUUAAUAUAAUGUAUACGUCGUCGACCUAGUCCAUUUUGUUUGUUCAUUGUAUAUCUUGCGGAACACAUUUGUCGUUCCCUUUGUUAGAUUACUAUGAAUCCAGUUCAUUUAAGUUAUAUAACCAUGUAAUAUAGGAAGAGCUUAUUUAUGUAUAACAAUGUAUCAUUUUCAUUUUUUUUGGGAUAUCUAGUGUAAACCAAUCUUUGAUCA